CCGGCCGCGCGCGGCCUCAGGAGUCAGGUCCUCUCCCAUCGUCUCUCCGUCGCUCAUAAUUUCCAUUUUCCUUCGGCUUCAGGCUUCAAAGUUCAAAAAACCCUGGCCUCCACAAGACCACUCUCCUCUCUCUCUCUCUCUCUCUCUCUCUCUCCCUGCUACAGUCCCCCCGAUCUCACCCUGACCCUGAUCCAGUCUCCCCCGACUCUCGUCUCUCUCUCGCCGAGUCGCCGCGCGACCUCACCCUGACCCAGUAACCACCCCCAUAGGCAGCGGUCGACACGCCGCCGCAACCAGUGGAGGACAAUGAGGCCAGCCGUGCCGCCUUACGCCACCAAACCGCCUGCUGCAUGCAGCACCACCACCUAGCCCAAUCGUCACCGCCGUGCUGGUUAUGAUACUACUAUUGUUCGAGUUCAAGGUGUAAUUGGAUUGGUUUUGUACACUGCAAAAGUUAGGUUGUGUUGGUAAUUUCCACCCAAGAGUUUGAUAAAAUUCCCAAGAAAGAACAGAAAGCAAAACAAACAAAACCAUGGGCAAGCGAGAAGGGACUAAGAAAGCACCAAGUCUUCCACCGGGGUUUCACAAUUCGAUCUCACUUAGAGAAGAAGUCAAUGGGAGAAAGCAAGUCAAAGGUGGUUCCAACAAUUCCAGGUCCAUGCUAAAACUUGAUCAAUUGCAGAAGCUAGCAGCAUGGACCAGUGGACAGGCUGCUAUUCCUUCUCUAGGUGCUUUUUUCGGGCAUCGCUUGGCUACUGUGAGAGAGGCCAUGGGUGUACUGCCUGAUCCUUCACUGUUUUCUUGUGAGAGAUGUGAAACAAUUCUUCAGCCCGGCUUUAACUGCACUGUUCGAAUUGAAAAGAAUAAGGCAAAGGCAAAGCGCAGACGCAAGAAAACUAAUAAUUUCAUGCAGAACAAUGUAGUGUACAAAUGUCUCUUCUGUUCACAUUGUAAUAUGAGGAGAGGGACCCCAAAAGGAUAUAUGAAAGAGAUAUGUCCCUCAAAGGCCAAAGCAUCGUCAAAGUCAGAACCUGCAAAAUCCAGGCCUCAGAAACGUGCUAGCUUGGAGAAGGGCACCAGAAGCAAAGAUGGUAUCAAUAAAACCAAUGAGGUAGCUUCACCAGCAUAUCCCAGGGAGGUUCCAACAACAGAUAGUCCCAUAACUCCGUUGGCGAGAACUGCUACAGCUUCACCAGCAUAUCUCAGGGAGGUUCCUACUACAGAUAGUCCCAUAACUCCAUUGGCGAGAACUGCUACUACUUUGUUGGAAGCAAAGAGGAGAAAGAGAAACCUAUCGAUGUCCAAGAAACUGGCUGGACCCGAAAACAAUUUUACCCCCACAGAUGCAGAAAAAACUGUGAGCACAUCAAAUAAAAGAAGGCGAAAAUCUUGGACUAGUCUGAAGGAAAUUGCUGAGGCAUCGGAGCAUGAUAGCAGCCGAAAAUUUACUAAUUUGACAAUCCCUUUCGGUAUUUAGACUUUAGAAGGGAUAUCAAGGGUUAUCAAAAGUUAUGAUUUUGUUAUAUUUCAGUAGAUGAAUGCUCCCAUUAGAAAACUGUGCAAGGGAGAUAAGGGAUGCGCAUAUUGUAAAUUUGUAAUUUAGGGAUGUUCUAUCAUUCUGUAUUUUUGACUCGUCCCAUGUUCGAUCCCGAAUCACUCCUAGUUCAUUUCCUCGGCUUGGAUCCUUGUUUCCGUGUUAAACUGUGCCUACUGUUAUAUAUAAAAAGAGUUUUGUUAUGUACAAACAAGUUUGUGGAGCAAUCUGUGUAUUAAUAUUGUUGUAUUCAUAUUCUAAAUUCAAAUUAGUAUUAUUUUUAAUAAAA